UCCUGUAUUCACUUCCGUAAACAAGUGGUUCUCUUCCUCUAGUGAACACAUGCGCUAAUACACCUAGGGUUUCGUCGAGCAGUUGUUUUCAACACACUGUCAUAACUCUACCAACAUCAUUCCUCGUGUCCUGAGGCAGUACACGGUGGAAUAUGGAGGUGGACGGUAGGGACUUUUUGAACUCUCCUCCUGUUAAGACGGUCAGAUUUGGAGGCACUGUAGUGGAAACGUUAGCUAAACAUAAACGGGGAGACUCCAGUGACUAUGAGCUGCUGAAACACCAGCUGGCUGAUCCCGAGAUAAAGGAUGCCCAGAUCAUCAACUGGCUUCAAGAAUUUCGGAGUUGUGUGACCCAGCUCACCAAGGACCACGAGCAGCUCAUCUAUACCAUCCUGAGGCUUCCGUGGGUGGGGCGGAGCCAGGCUGUGGUGGAGGAGUACAUGGCCUUCCUCAGUAACCUGGUCUCGGCACAGACUGUCUACCUGUGUGCCUGUCUCAAGAUGGUGGUCUCCCACUUUACUCCCAAGAGAGUGACUAUCUGUGAGGGAGGGGUUGAUAUCUCCGAUUCAGAUGAUGAAGAUGAAAACCUCCCCAGAAACUUCAAUCAGUGUCACCAGGCCUUGCAGCUCAUCACCAAAUAUGUUCCAAGGUAAGUCACUUUCAUUGCUUUAUUAUUGUGUAUGGUUUCACUCAGCUAUUUGUUUUCUAUAUUCUAUUCUAUGACUUUUUACAACUUUGGAAUAAAUAACAGGGCUUGACAAGAGAAUGACCUCCGAUUAAGCCGGAGAAGGUUGUCACACAUCCACUAUUAAUGUCUCUGUAACUCUGAAGGCUGUUGUCAUUAUGUUCUAUCAGCAGAGUUGUGUGUCGUCGGUGUAGAAAUGGAUAUUAUGGUUCCGUAUGAUGUCAGCCUGAGGGAGCAGAGUAGAAUGUUUGUUUCACAGUUAAGCAAACCAUCAAGUAUCCACACAAAUGUGUAAUGAACAGCUUAGUUGUAUUGGAUUGGUAUCAGUAUGGGCAGAUACUCAAGGUGUCUGUAUUGGACAUGAAGAGCUACAGAAACUGGAAGCAGGGAGUGGAAAUGUAUACAAAUGUCUGUUCCAACUGAGUUCUAACUCUCGACUGACUGCAGCAGAGGACACUGUGCCAUUCAACGUUUUCUUCAUGAAGCUGCUUUUCUUGAGCUCUCAGCAUCACAAGACAAAAGGCAGGAGCAGCUUCUUGUUCAGUCGGCAGUCACAACCUUUUAAAGAGGUUCGUGGAGGAGUGUAUCUCUGCUGAUGACCUCACAUACAGCCUGCUUCAUGUGUGAUGAACGCAGUUUCAGACAUGACUUCUGGUGAACCAGUGCAACACGUGUCAACAGCCCCCAUCAGAUGUUAUCGAGCAGCAUUUAUGCAAACCAGAUGAACUGUGGUUGGGCUCAUUGACAUCUGGAGUCUUGGUGAAUAGUAGACUUAAAUGUUCUCCGAUCGUUCUCAAGGAUAACCUUUAUAACCCAACUAAACCUGCUCUGUAGGGACUCCUUUACCAUUCUUUAACAAAAGAUAAUGUCACUUGUGUAUGUAUUUAUGAACAUAUAUAUAU